CAGAUACUUUCUCCAUGCGUGCCCGCAUUGUGCGCACAUGCUUUUAUCCUCUCAUUCAUUCGAGGAAGACGCCGCUGGGAGAACUCAUCAAUUAGUCGGGGGAGGAGGGAGUAGAUCGAGGCUCGGCAGGAGGAGAGGAAGGUAAUGGAGAAGAGAGCUCCCCGAUCAAGGUUUUCUUAUCUUUCUUCGAUCUUCCUUCUAGUCUUCUUCAUCUUCUCCUCUUUGUCAGAGGCCGGAGGGGAAUCCCCCUUCGAGAUUCAGCAGAGGGACAAGGUUUUCUUGCUUCCCGGCCAAUCUUUCAAUGUGAGCUUCGCUCACUAUUCCGGAUAUGUUACAGUCGAUGAGCAGAACGGAAAAGCGCUCUUCUAUUGGUUCUUUGAGGCCGCGGAGGAUCCCGAUUCUAAGCCCCUUGUUCUCUGGCUUAAUGGAGGUCCAGGGUGCUCCUCAAUUGCUUUUGGGCUGGCAGAGGAGUUGGGCCCUUUUCAUGUCUCCCCAGAUGGAAAGGGGAUUUAUUUGAAUCAGUAUUCAUGGAAUCAAGUGGCGAACAUAUUGUUCCUCGACUCCCCAGUUGGCGUUGGUUUUUCAUAUUCCAAUAAUUCAAAUGACAUUUUGAACAAUGGAGAUGCAAGUACAGCCAAGGAUUCCGUCGAAUUUCUCAAGAAAUGGUUUAAGCAGUUUCCUCAAUAUAACGGUCGUGAUUUUUAUUUAACUGGAGAGAGCUAUGCAGGACAUUAUGUUCCUCAGUUGGCCCAAGCUAUUGUGAGGUCUCCUCAAUUAACAGGAGAGGCAUCAAUCAAUUUAAAAGGGUAUAUGGUUGGAAAUGCUUUAACUGAUGAUUUCUAUGAUCACUUUGGGGUUUUUCAAUUUAUGUGGGCUGCUGGGUUGAUAUCAGAUCAAACAUACAAGCUGCUACAGAAUUUAUGCGACCAUGAGUCUUUUGUGCAUACAUCAGAAGAAUGCGAACGUAUACUUGAUGUCGCUUCGGAUGAGCUCGGCAAUAUCGAUCCUUACAGCAUCUUUACUCCUUCGUGCACGGGUAGCAUCACUUUUUCAAGGAACAAGCUGCUGAAAAGAAUGAACAUUGGGAAGAUGUCAGAAAAGUAUGAUCCUUGCACUGAGAAACACUCGACCGUUUAUUUUAAUUUGCCGGAGGUUCAAAAAGCAAUUCAUGUUGAUCCAUCUUUUGCUCCUUCCAAGUGGGAAACUUGCAAUGACAUUGUUAAUGAAAACUGGAAGGACUCCAAUGCUUCCAUCCUACCUAUAUACAAGGAACUUAUAGAUUAUGGACUUCGAAUUUGGAUGUUCAGUGGAGAUACAGAUUCAGUAAUCCCAGUAACAUCCACCAGGUAUAAUGUGGACGCACUCAAGCUUCCAACUGUUGUUCCCUGGCAUGCUUGGUACGAUGAUGGCCAGGUUGGUGGAUGGAGUCAAGUAUACAAAGGACUUACCUUAGUAACAGUAAGGGGAGCUGGUCAUGAGGUUUCCCUCCAUAGGCCAAAGCAGGCUCUUUUACUGUUUAAGCAGUUCCUUACUGGAAGUCCAAUGCCAACAUUGUCUGAGCAUGCCUCCUUUUAAUUUCAUGCUUUUUAUAUCAUGUUUCAUAAAGUUUAAUUUUAAAAUAAUAACAAAAAUAUUGAACAAUUUGUAUAUUUUCUAAAGGAAACUUAUUUGUAAGUUGUAAUUCA